AUGCAACCCACAAUAACAUUAUUAUUACCCUCGAUAAUAAUAACCACAAGUGAACAGCCUCACACAACUGAAAUGUCUCUGACUCAACUUGUAGCAUUAAUAACACCAACCGCAUCACCCAUUGUGUGCCAGUGGUCAAUCUGGUCUAUCUGGUUACCUGUGGUAGCAUCGUGCGUUGGAAAUCGUACACGAAUACGGGCUUGUGAGCCUCACGUCAAACGAAUAUGUGCCGUUAACUGUACGGGACUCAGUGUAGAUGUCAAGCUGUGUACAGGAACUUCAGCGCUGUUAGAUGAUUCAACGACGGCGGGUGGGUCACACAUCGUGCUCAUUGUUGUUGUUGUGCUCGUUAGUGUUCUAGUUUUGGCAGUAUUAGGUUAUGCGAUUGUACGAUGGAAACGAGCAACAUUGCGACCGCGACGUUUAUCUGUCAUUAAACAACGGUAUCUUUCAGCAGGUCAAAAACGCGGUAGUGUCGGUCUCUUUUCUCAAGCUAGUGCCAAGACAUUUCAGUCGGUCACAAGCACUAGUAAUCAGCCAAUGCUAAUGAUGCAACAACAACAUAUGAACGAUUUAUUUCCGUCUCAUUAUCCUCCAACAAAAGUACACAAUGCAACAGUAGACGAUGAACGAAGAAAAACGUUGAGAGAUAAUCUUGUUCAACGUUUGACAUUGCCCUCAACUAGAAGAAGUAUUGAACAAAUUCGCUCGAAUAUCAGUAUUGCUUCAGCUCUCGGAAAUGUAGAACCACGAUAUAAGUGA